AUGGCCGCUGGAGGGUUAGACUAUUCCAUUAGGAAAAAGUUAGAUACCCAGUAUCUAAGAGAUAUGGCCCAAUUAGCAGACAGGGUUCGACAGGUCGAACGUUUAAAAGCUGAAAAGGCCAAAGCGAAUAAGAAUUAUAAGAAAGAAAGGGUUGCUUAUGUCGAAGUCGAAGAUGAGGAGUCUGAAAUCUCUAAUGACCCUUAUGGUCUCGAGGAAUUCGAAGUAGAUUUGGCUGAAUUAAAAGAAGCACCACCUUAUGCUUGUAAAUUACUUACACCUUCGAAUGGCAGGAACCCUGUCAAAACUGAAAAGAAUGAUAGAUUUCCAAAAAAGACUUACACAUUUGAUGUUACCAAAUGUGAUGAAAUCUUCGAUUUAUUAGUAAAAGAUGGCCAAAUGAUAGUGCCUCCUAAUAGAAAAAUUCCUCCGUUAGAACAAUGGAAGAAAAGAGGUUUUUAUAAAUAUCACAAUUUUUUAGGCCAUAAAACCUCACGAUGCUUUCGUUUCAGGGAUCUUAUUCAGAAUGCAAUUAAGGAUGGCCGCCUCAAGUUCGGUGACAGGGGGAGAAACCAGAUGAAGGUUGACGCUGACCCCCUCAACAUUGCUGACAAAAAUUAUGUUGAACCUGUCGAAAUCAACAUGAUUGACAUGGUGGAAGUGGAGGUUGUGAAGGAAACACGAACUGAAGGCUAUGUGCUAGUUGGAAAGCAGGCUACUGAUGGCCUAAAUAAUGGUGUUCCCUUUGGAAUUUAUGUCGAAGGUGAAUAG